AUGUCGGUUAAAGAUAUCUACUACUCCUCCAAAAUUCCAGAUGACGAGGGCAACGAAAUCAGGUAAUAACUGAACUUUGUAUGUUUUGACCGAAAUACUGUAAUAAAGCACUUGUGUACUGCUGGUUUACACGUGGUUUAUCAUCGUUAACUUUUUUUAGCUUGUAUCGAUAGAAGACCCGUGAUGAUAGCGUAAACGAUUCAGUAUUAUUUAUUAUUUCUUCUUUAAUAGAAAACUUUGAGUUACGGGCUUCUCUAUGUUGUCAGAAGCGAAGAAUUGCAAAUGCCCUUAGCAGUUGCUCUGACAGAAAGUUCUUCCUAAAAUGGUAUAAAAAUUUUCGUCAUGUAUUUCCUGAUAUUCUAAGUAACCUCCACUUCUUUUUAUGUUCAAGGCACGUAAUUUUACCGAAGGACAUCGCUAAAAAAGUUCCAAGAGAUAGGCUUAUGUCCGAGCAAGAAUGGCGACGUUUAGGUGUUCAGAUGUCUCAAGGCUGGGUCCAUUUCCUGUUGCACGCCCCGGGUAAGUUGAAUAUCUAUCACUUCGUUUUAUAACAAAUUAAAUGUGGCAGUUUUGAGGGGUUGCAUUGAGAAAAACUGUAGCAGGUUGAGAAACUGGAGGUUUAUGUUUUAAAAACACUUUUCCCAUCACUCCAUCACUCUGCAAACGUUCAAAAUUCUAGUAGUAUUUGCCAACGUUUUUUUUACCAGAAUCUUUGUUGUCUCUUGGUUUGUUUUUAGAACCACAUAUACUCAUAUUCAAGAGAAAGGCAGCCCAGUGA